AUGGCUGCCACCCAGAAGCUCUAUCCACGUGGUACCGUCAAGCGCAUUGUCAAGGCCCACUCCAACAAGAGUGUCAGCAAGAAUGCCGACAUCCUGAUCUUCCUCGAUUACAUGCUAUUCAUGCAAGAGUUGAUGCGCGAGGCAUCGAUCCGAUCGCGAAAGUCGGGUGAGAAGAAUAUCUCUGCGAAUUCUGUUCGCAAGGUCACUGAGAAAACCCUGCGCAAGUUCCAGGGGUGA